AAAACUCACAAAGUCAGCGAACCGAGUUCCUUUGUGCAGUUUUCCGUCGAUGGUGACGUACGCAGCAGUUCUGUCAAAGAGAAAACAUCCAAUCCGAUAUAUCAGCAGAAGUUCUCGUUCUUUCUUAGUGACGUCAAAUCACAGUAUUUGAAAGUAGAGGCGAAAGAAAUGAAACGCGAACGCAGUUGUCUCGGACAGGUACUAAUUCCAAUCAAAACACUGUUGCAGGAGAAAGAUUUGGAACUGUUGCGGCACCCCUGGCAGUUGGCCUUAGGUUCCUAUGUCUCGACCAUUACUCUGUCGCUGAAACUAAGGGUUUGCUAA